CUGAAGCUAUGGUAUCGGGAGUUGGAGGAGCCCCUUAUCCCCCAGCAGUUCUACAAACAAUGCAUCACCAACUAUGAGAACCCUGAUGCGGCGGUGUCUGUCGUUAAACAGCUUCCAGAACUGAACCGGCUGGUGUUGUGUUAUCUCAUCCACUUCCUCCAGAUCUUCUCUCAGCCAUCAAAUGUGGGUACCACCAAGAUGGACGUGAACAACCUAGCUAUGGUCAUGGCACCCAACUGUCUGCGCUGCCAAUCAGAUGACCCCAGGAUCAUCUUCGAGAACACCAGAAAAGAGAUGUCAUUCAUCAGAAUGCUGAUUGUCCACCUGGACACAAACUUCGUCAGGGGUUUACUCUGA